UGCAGCGGAAGUCGAUCAACUGUUCCAGCGACAACUACUGCAGCGUGUUUGGCAUGUUGCUGUCGCACACGGUCAUCAGCCCGAUCGUAGUGUCCCUGGUGCUGGUUCGGUUGCCCCGGUCCGUCGACGUUUUGAACAUGACCACCCGGCUACUGCUUUGCUCCAGGUACCCACGUCGACGGCUGUCAUCUAACACGUACGUGGUCAUCUUAUUUUUUGCUGUCAUCGUCUUCAAGCUGGUGACCACCGUCAUGAGCAUACCACUACAGUACCCCGACCUCUAUUACCCGUACUUUACCGCUUACAUGGUGCCCAUUGUGUUCAUAAACCUGGUCAGUAUCCUGUGCGUGGUCGCCCAACAGUCUUACGAGGACAUCAACAGAGAGUUAGAAGAGCUAUGCGAUGUAAGUUCAAAAACCGAACGAGCGGUGCGAUUAAACGUGCUAAUGAACGACCACUGGUUUGUGGAGGACUACAUGGAGACCAUGUCGGACACCUUUGGACCUGAAUUGAUAUUCACAAUAAUGGACAUUUACGUGCAGCUGUUGCUGUUCAUGUACGUAAUGAUAUGGGAUACGGUUGUCCGUCGCGUGUUCAAGGACAACGCAUAUCCAUAUAUUAGUGGCAUAAUCGAAUCGAGCAUUAUUAUAGGGAAAUUUGCUUACCUAUGCUAUAGGUGCGACGCUUCCGUCAAAGAGAGCAAAAAGAUAAUUUUUCACCUACAACACUUGUCCUCGAAGGUGUCAAAUGAUUUGAAUUCUCAAACCAUUUUAAGGUUAUUUACGCUUCGCGUUAACAGUCGUGCAGUACAAGUCACGGCUUCCGGAUUUUUCGACAUAAAUCUAUCACUUUUGUUUGCGACUGCUGGCGUUGUGUUGAUAUACUUUUUGGUAUUGGUACAAUUUCAAAUGGAAGGCUACAAACAGAUUUUAGGAUCGAACUCUAGUGAGGCGGUUGUAGCAGUGGUUUGUCAUUCAUGGCCUUGUCUUGAGAGGGAUGAUUAAUAAUUAUUGUAWUWWWUUGAAAUAA